AUGGCUGAGGUACUCGUUCACAAACUUGAUGUAACAGUGCUGGGAGAUGAAGUGCUACUAAGCGAACUUGUAGGCGAGGUGCUCAAAGAAGUAGUACUGGAGGAAGAGGUUGAAAUAGUUCCAGUUGAUGAGGAUGAGGGGGUGGAUGUUGUGGAAGAUGAAGUCAACGAUGGGGCUGAUGUUGACGUGGAGGAAGCAGAUGAUAGAGAUGUCGAAGAUGUUGUCGAGGAUGAAGUAGGGGAGGCAGAAGUUACAGAAUUGGCAUCAGUCGAGGACGAGGAGGACGAGGGUGAGGUUAGUGUCGAAGGAGAAGAGUCGGAUGUUGUUGAUAAGGAUGAAGACGAGGUAGAUGUGGCACUAGACGUGGAAAUGUCGGAUGAACUUGAUGUGAUAGGGAUAGAUGAGGACGAGGGGGAUGAUGUGAGUGAAGAGGUUGCGGUGGUGGAUGCCGAUGAAGUAGACGAAGACGAGGUGGACGAGGUAGGGUCUGUUGAGGAUGAAGUGGACGAAGAGGAUGAAGUCGAUGAGGUGGAUGAGGUAGUGAUGUUGGAGAACGCAGUCGACGAAGUGGACGAUGAAGACGAGGUAGAAGUCGUAGAAGUCGUCGUUCCAGCAAACAAGCCGACAGGCACCGCUCUCGUGCCAUAUACAGAGUAUAAGAGCUGGUUACCCGUGUUUCCCCCACAGUUUGCAGGAGGAGAACCUGUGGGCGGAGCCUCGCCGCAGAUGUAG